AUGUUCUGUUUCUUACCCUGCCUCAACCAAAACCCUGCCCAGGGCUCGAACAUCGGUGCGCGAACCAAGGCAGACACCAUUGAGGCCAUCAUUGGGGCCGUCUACCAAGAUGGCGGAUAUGAUGCCGCCAAGCGUCCUGCCCAGACCAUGAGGAGUCCGGGACCCCCUGCAUUGGGGCGCCGAGGCUCCCAAACGGAGACCCCCCGGGGGCCUUGCGUAUGGUGUCUCUUGCCUUUGCAGCAGAUCCAGCGAAGAACAUCGAAGCAGACUGGGGUCAGCUUGGGUGUUGCAUUCUUCUCUCAAGAUCUGCUGACAAGAGAACGUGCGCCGGGUUUUUGGGGGAUCCCAUGGUGGGACCCUUGGCGUCCCGAUGCGGGGGGUCCGGGACUCCUCGUGGCCAGGGGCCUUAUUACAGAGCGAGCGGGUACCCCAGGUCGUUCACUGGUGUAA